ACCCGUUUGUUUCCAUCUCGACUCUUCCUCCAAAAUGGCCUUCUCCUCAUCUCCUCGCCUCUUCAACCUCCAUCUCUUCAUCACCAUCUUCCUCUCAUUUUCUGGAAUCGAUUCCGUAUCGGGCUGUUACACUUCCAUCUUCAGUUUCGGCGACUCUCUCGCCGACACCGGAAACUUGCUCUACCUUAACAAGUCUUCCAACAUAGGCGAUUUCCCCUAUGGAGAGACUUACUUCCACCAUCCAACAGGCCGAUGCUCCGAUGGACGUGUAGCCAUCGAUUUCAUUGCUGAAGCAUUUGGACUUCCAUUUCUGCCACCAUAUCUUGCAUGUUCGGACGGUAGAGAUCUCCGGCAGGGAGUGAAUUUUGCAGUGGCAGGGGCACCUGCAAUGGAUGCUGCCUUCUUCGAAGGGAGGAAGAUUGUAGGUAUCAUGGCGAACAUAUCUUUGGGAGAUCAGAUCGAGUGGUUCAAAGGAUUGUUGCCUUCUCUUUGUCACUCACGAUCAGGCUGCCGCAAAUUCCUGAGGGGAUCUCUUUUUAUGGUGGGAUCAUUUAGCAGCAACGAUUACUACCACCCGUUCAACAAUGGAUGGAGCUUAGAAGAGAUCCGGACCUUUGUUCCUCGAGUUGUCAGUAACAUUAGUUCUGCAGUCCAUAUUCUGAUCAAACAUGGGGCCAUGACACUUGUGGUCCCAGGCGGUCUGCCUUUGGGCUGUUUUGCCUCAGUUCUGACAAUUGGAGCGAGCUGGGACAAGGAAGACUAUGACAAUGAAACUGGUUGUCUAAAGAGAUGGAAUGAGUUACUCCAGUACCACAACCAUCUACUGCAAAUAGAGCUGGACCGGAUGCGGGACCUCCACCCUCAUGCUACCAUCAUCUACACUGAUUAUUACAAUGCUGUGUUGCGUGUCUACCGCUCUCCUCUUCAAUUCGGAUUUAGCAAAGGAGCUCUGUUUGCAUGCUGUGGAUUCCGUGGUCCUUACAAUUACAACUCCUCUGUCCCAUGUGGUACCCAUGAAGCACGAGUCUGCAAUGACCCAUCCUUGUAUUGGAACUGGGAUGGGAGCCACCCCACGGAAGUUGGGCAUAGAUUGAUUGCAGACGCUGUAAUCAGUGGACUAUAUGCCUUUCCACCCAUUAUUAGUCCAUGUCCACCACUGGGAUCACAUGUUAAACAACCUCAUCGCCGCAUCAAGAGCCGGAGUUUAAAAGUAUCGGUGUAGCACAUGGUAUCAUUGAUAUGCUACCCAAUGGCCCAUACAAAUAUAUGCAGUUAGCAAAUGUGGUGAAAGUUACUCAAUUCCUCAUAGGAUUUGGAAUUGCAGGUGGGUAUAACUCCUAUGCUCGCUAUGGUCAUUACGUUUCCUCUACUCUUGAGUUAUAAUUACAACUUUAAAAACAUAUUGCAUGUGAUUGUGAUCGAUGGGCCAGCACGCUUUCUUCCACCAAUGUUUAUGUCAUGAGAGUGGAAAUAUAAGUAAUGGCUAUUAGCACUUA